AUUGCUAACAAUGAUGUUUUUUCCUCAUGUUUGCUGUGUCAUGACAUUAAAGGGGAUCAAAGAAAAAAUGGAUAGAAAAAAGUUAAUUUCUUAUUGAAAGUCCACAGUUACGAGGAGAUUAAAUCAGAUAGAAACGAAAAUUGGUUGUCAUAAAAUGUAUUUUUUAUUUACAGAAGCUGUCUGAUAGAAGUUUUUCAGAGAAUAUUAAAGAAAAAGAUGGAUGACCAAUCCCAAAAACGUGUCAAUGGAAUGCAACAUGGAACGAAUUUAACUGAUCGUAUACAUAAGACUCUCAUUGUUCUCAUAUGUGGUGUGUUUAUUAUUUUUGUACUAGAAUGCACACACAUGCUGAGGUCAUCAUCUUGCUAUUCACAGCAAGGUUACUAUAACAUGAUCGUUAAAAAAGACGAGCCAAUCAAUGAGGCACCCUCAUCCAACCUGCGAAAUGAGAAAAUGAUGGCUCAUACAAAGUCUUCUAUCGAUUCAUUUUCAAUUUCUCCCAACUCACAAAAUAAUGAAAUUGAUUUAAUUGAACAAGUCGACGAUCAAAUAACUCGACAGUUACGUUUGCGCGAGUUUUGUUACCACAAACAAACUCGAAUAAAAGCUAAAAACAAAAAUAAUUUAAAAAAUAUAUUCUACAGCGAUCGUAAAAAUGUGAUAUAUUGCUCUGUGCCAAAAGUCGCUUGUACAAAUUGGAAAAGAGUUUUACAGGUUUUCGAAGAAAAUAUAGAACAUCCUAUGGAAAUCGACAAUAAAGAAGCUGUCCACACACUAAAAUAUUCAAUUUUCGCCACCAUCAAUGCCACAGAAAUCAUGUGGAGAAAAAACUUAUAUUAUUCUUUCUUAUUUGUUCGCCAUCCUCUUGAACGAUUGUUAUCUGCAUACCGUAACAAGCUUCAAGAUCCGUACAACUCCGUCUUUCAGCGCUCAGUUGGUUCGAAAAUAUUGAAACUUUACCGCGUUGGGUUGACUAAAAAGCAAUACAACGAAGGCAAGAAUGUAACCUUUAAGGAAUUUAUAAAUUAUGUCAUACAAACAUUUAAUAAUAACGGUGCUAAAGGCUUAGAUGAACACUGGCGAAUUAUCCAUUCCUUGUGCAACCCUUGCACGAUGAAAUAUAACUUCAUUGGUAAAAUGGAGACGUUAGUGGAAGAUGCAAAACAGGUUUUAAAAGAACUUGGUGCGGAUAAACAAGUGCAAUUUCCUUCAAACGCUACAGAUAAAUAUCAAGUCAGAGUUAAUGAACUUAUGAAGAAAUAUUACUCAUCUAUCCCUGCUGAAAGUAUUAAGCAGCUGUAUGAAAUAUAUGAAGAUGAUUUCGUUUCGUUUGGAUAUGACUUGCCUAGUUAUGUAUAAGCUCACAAAUAGGUUUCCAAUCAACGGCGAUAUUCCGUAUUUGUAAAUCAUUGUAACAGGAAACAUAACAUAUUAUCUAUGACUAGCA